AUGACUCUCUUUGACACCGUCUACCCCUUCUACCCGCAGCAGAGGAAGGCCUUCUUGUUCGAUGUCAGCACCAUCAUAGUGAUUGUGGUCUUCCUAACAUUCGCUUGCAGCUUCCUGCUCAUCAUUCCAGGCAUCCGUGGACGGGUGAGGCUGUACUGGACUCUCCGGGUUCUCCUCAGCCUCGUCGUGGGAGUGGUGAUUGUUGCUGUCCAGUUCACAGGGGACUGGGAGACCGGAUGGGUGAAGGCAAACACCUCCUACAAGUCCUUCAGCUGUGCCCUGGUGAAGGCAGACAUCGGGCUGCAUGUCGGCCUGGGGGGGGUGAACAUCACGCUCAUGGGAAACCCGGUGAGUCAGAUCAACGAGACCAUCCACUACAACGAGCACUUUGCCUGGAGGUUUGGUGCAGACUAUGACCACAGCUACAGCGAAGGGCUGAAGAGGGGGCUGCCCAGCCCCAUCCUCUAUGUGGCAGAGAAGUUCACCAAGCAAAGCCCCUGCGGCGUGCACAGGCAGUACCGCAUCUCCAGCCACUAUGCAUCGGGCACUCUCUGGGUGGCCUUUUGCACUUGGCUCAUCUCCAACAUGCUCUUCUCCAUGCCUGUCCUAGUCUACGGAGGCUACAUGCUCCUGGUGACAGGGGCCUUCAUGAUCUUUUCAUUGCUCUCAUUCUCCACUGUGAGGAACUCCCCGAUGUGCCCAAUUCAGUUUGGGAUUGCAACCCUGCGCACAGGCUAUGGAGGAUCUUUCUGGCUCACACUAGCAACUGGCUUGCUCUGUUUUGUGGCUGGGAUCACUGUUGUUGCACUGCACUACUUUAACUUGGAUCUACUGAAAACUUUCUUUGAUCUCCGCGAGGACAAAGCAGAGGAGUACCAGGAAAUGGCUGAAGUGUACAUCAACCCUCAUUUUGUGAACGAAGGACUGUCUCCUUCUGAACCCUCUAAACUCAACCCCAACAGCAUCUAG